AGCUGCACGUAGUAAACAAGCUAGUGGAAGUAACGAAGAACACGAGUCGCUCUGCUGAAGUGGUGUCGACGUUUCUUUCGAUUGAUUUUGGACAUUUUUUUGUGGGAAAGGACCCCCAGGACAUUCAGAAGCAACAGGCCCUCUUGCUGGCAAAUAUGGAUGACAUUCAGGUUGUUGAGUCAAAACCUCUGCUGGUGGACCAGGAACUGGCGGGACUGAGAGCGGCUGUUCAGCAACUCACGCUAAAGGAGCAUGAUGUGGAGACCCCCUAUGGCAAAGUCCACUGCACCAUGAGGGGGGUACCCAAAGGGGAUCGGCCCAUCAUCAUGACAUUCCAUGACAUUGGACUGAACCACAAAAACUGCUUUGACUCUCUCUUCACCCAUGAGGACAUGCAGGAGAUCACGCAGCAUUUUGCUGUGUGCCACGUAGACGCGCCGGGCCAGCAGGAGGGGGCCCCCAACCUGCCCGCUGGCUAUGAGUAUCCUUCCAUGGACCAGCUGUCUGAGGCUCUUCCUCUGGUCCUGAAGCAUUUUGGUCUGAAGAGCGUGAUUGGGAUGGGAAUGGGUGCCGGAGCCUACAUCCUGGCCAGAUUUGCUCUGGAUUACCCAGCCAUGGUGGAGGGUCUGGUUCUGAUCAACAUUAACCCAUGUGCCGAGGGCUGGAUGGACUGGGCUGCACACAAGAUCUCUGGCUGGGCUCAUGCCAUGCCUGACAUGAUCAUUACCCAUCUGUUUGGCAAGGAGGAAAUCCACAACAACCACGACCUGAUCGCGACAUACCGCCACCACAUCAUGCACGAUGUGAACCAAACCAACCUGCAGCACUUUGUGAAGUCCUAUGAAAGUCGGAGGGACCUGGAGAUCGAGCGCCCCAUUCCAGGGGGGCCCAUAAACGCUCGGACCCUGAAAUGCCCGGCUCUCCUGGUCGUUGGAGAUAGCUCCCCCGCGGUCGACGCUGUGGUGGAAUGCAACACAAAGCUGGACCCAACAAAGACAACUCUGCUCAAGAUGGCCGAUUGUGGUGGUUUGCCCCAGGUUGAUCAGCCCGCAAAGUUGACUGAAGCUUUCAAGUACUUCAUCCAGGGAAUGGGCUACAUGCCCUCGGCCAGCAUGACCAGGCUGGUGCGCUCCCGCACGGCCUCGGGCUCCAGCGUCCACUCCUUCGAUGGGAACCGCAGCCGCUCCCACACCAAUGAGGGUAACCGGAGCCGCUCCCAUACCACCGACAAUCAGCGCCCCCACCCGCACGCUGACCCUGACAUGGACACCACCGCCAACAGCAACGUGGACCAGUCCGUGCCCAAGUCAACCGAAGUGUCUUGCUAGAGCCCUGGAGCCCCCUGCCCAGGGACCCUCCCUCCAUGAUCUGCCUGCGCUGCCCUGCUGCUAAAGAUAAACACCGGGACUGGAUCAGCCAUUCCUGUGCCCUCAUGCUCUCCUCUAGACAACCCAGCAAGAGUCCAGAGUUUGUGCUCUGCUCCUCAUUUUUUUCUGCCAAAGAGUUUCAAGAGGAGGGCUCUGGC